AGUUGUCUAAUAGCUAAACAUUGGUUUGGUUGUCCUAAACAAUAACUUUUCUAAAACAGAAAUAAAUAAAAGAAAAUCCAAACAAACAAAUAAGUAUGACGGAUAUAGCAAAUAAUACAAAUAAUGUACCGGCGUGGGUAGAAGCAAAAUUAUUCGAAAAUGUUUUAAAAGAAAAUGUAGAAAAUUUUAAAGAAAUUAAAGAAUUUAAAGCUUAUGCCGGUCUGGCACCUGGUGAAAAUUAUUCAACUAUAAUGACAAGAAUUGAAAUUCUUAUCGAAUUGGAAGACAGUUCCACUGAUACCAAGUUCUUUAUGCUAAAAACGGAACAUGAAUCUAAACUUUACAAAGAGCUAGUCAAGGGUAUGGACUGUUUUGGUCAGGAACCCAAGGUCUAUGAACAACUUAUACCAGCUUUUGAAAAACUCUAUCAUAAUGUCGGACAACACAUAAAAUUUGGUGCUAAAUACUAUAAACUGCCCACCGCGAAAGGACAUCUGUUAUUGGAAGAUUUAUGCAGGCGUGGCUUUAAGAAUGCCAAUCGUUUGGAUUGUCUAGAUAUGAAACAUGCUAAAAUGACACUAAAGAAACUAGCCCAGUGGCAUGCGGCAUCAGCGGUUCAUAAAGAAAAUAUAGGAUCAUAUGGAGAAAUUUAUAGAACUGCUACGUAUCACGAUAUAGGACGUAAAGGAAUGAGUGUGUUCUUUGAGGGCAUGAUCAAAUAUCUGCUAAAAUGUUUACAUUUAUAUGACAAUCCUGAAUUGUAUAAAGAGAAAGUGGAAAAACUCUUAAACAUUAUAAUGGAUGAAAUUUUCAAAGCUGUUAAAAUAGAUGAAAAUGAUUUUAAUGUUCUCAAUCAUGCUGAUUUAUGGACUAAUAAUAUUAUGUUUCAAUACUCACCAGAUGGUGAAUUAAUGGACACUUAUUUUGUGGAUUAUGCUUUUCCUAAAUAUGGUUCUCCUGCCCAGGAUUUAAUAUAUUUUAUAAUAUCUUCAUUACAAGUUGAUAUUAAGAUCAAACAAUUUGAUCAUUUGAUACAGUAUUAUCAUGAAAAUCUUGUUGAAAAUCUUCAAUUAUUAAAGUAUACCAAGAAAGUGCCCUCACUAAAGGAUAUUCAUAUAAUGUUGCAUAAAUAUGGCAUUUGGGGUUUUGCUACCGCUGUAGGUGUAAUGGCUGUGGCUUUGGUUGACUCUUCCGAAAUGUCUACAUUUGAUAAUUUUUUGGGUGAAACUAAUGACGGUGACACCUUUAAAUUGUUGAUGUUCACCAAUAAACGUUAUCAUAAGCAUAUGAAUGCUGUUUUACCCUGGCUGCUAAAUAGAGGUUCAUUAGAUUUUUAAACUAUAUAUAAUAUAUACCCAGCAAAAACUAAUUAAUGAGUCAUUAGUUCUCUUGCCUAUGAAGCAUUAGAAGCAAUAUACUUACUACUUUUUCUAAUAACUUGUAAGAACUUACUUCCAACGACAUCACUUAUUAAUCAGACCCCUAAAAUACCCCUAAAAGAGCAAUAUUUAUAUUCUAAAUAUAUAAAAAUCAAUA